AUGGCUGCCUGGGUUAAUGGAAGGGUAUCCUUUGUUUAGGACAUUCUAUGGUGAAAAAUAAGGGAAAAUCUAAAAUGCCGAGUGCAUCAUUCACAUCAACGCGUUCAUAUUUAAGGAGAUCACGAAGAAAAGUGGCCAACAGGAUUCCACUUCUAUCCCGGUCAAGUUCUGAAGAACCAUGUGAACUGAUAUGUCAAGUGUUCAAUCAAAGUAUGCCUGGAGCAGGCAGCACAUCGAGCGGUUCUACUGCAACAGGUGCCUCAUCGAGUUCGACAAGCUCUACAGCCACGGCAGCUGCCACUACUGCAGCAGUCGCUGGCAGUACUAAUACACCUGAUGUAAACGGUGGUGGUAGUGGUGGCAGCAGUAGUAACAGCAGCAAUGGCAGUAGUUCUAGCCAUCAUUCGCCAUAUGACCUGCGUCGGAAAUCUCCACCGCACCAUUAUGCUGCUGCUAGCACGAGUGGUACACCUCUUUCAUCAGUCUCGGCUUCCACGAAUUACUCCGCAUCAAUGCUCCCUGCUCGUAAAAGACCGCGUCGAACAUGUUCAGUCACAAAUGAAACUUGUUCUGCCAUUUCGGCAGCUCAUUACUUGCAGUACGAGUUGCCAGCAGAGGUUCUUCUAGUGAUAUUUGGCUACUUACUGGAACAGGAUUUGUGUCGAGUGAGCCAAGUUUGUAAGCGCUUCCAAGCCAUCGCUAAUGACACCAAGCUGUGGAAAAACUUAUACCAAAGUGUGUAUGAGUAUGACUUGCCUCUGUUCAACCCAGCUCCAUGUCGCUUUGAGUUCAUGUCUCGAGAUGUUCCUGGACAUCUCAACCCUUGGAAAGAAAGUUUUCACCAGUUGUACCGAGGUGUCCAUGUUCGGCCAGGCUAUCAGGACUUAACAUUCCAAGGCCGCAACAUUUCUUACUUCAACACGGUGCAGGGUGCCCUUGACUAUGUAGAUGAACGUGGAACAGUGGGCUCUGGAUCCAGUGAUGGAAGCAGUGGUCAUAGUUCUCUGGUGUUUCUCCAUGCUGGGACAUACCGUGGCGAGUUUCUUGUAAUAGACUCUGAUGUUGCAUUAAUUGGGGCUGCCCCAGGCAAUGUGGCAGAAUCUGUUGUCUUGGAGAGGGAAUCAGAGUCCACUGUUAUGUUUGUUGAGGGAGCCAAGCAAGCGUAUGCUGGUCAUCUCACACUUAAGUUCUCUCCUGAUGUAACAUCCACCGUUCCACAUCAUAAACAUUAUUGCCUGGAAGUAGGAGAGCAUUGUAGUCCCACAAUAGACCAUUGCAUCAUACGAAGUACAUCAGUUGUUGGUGCGGCUGUGUGUGUAAGCGGUGUGGCAGCAAAUCCAGUAGUGAGGCAUUGUGACAUAAGUGAUUGUGAGAACGUGGGACUAUAUGUAACAGAUUAUGCCCAAGGCACUUAUGAAGAUAAUGAGAUAAGCCGCAAUGCUCUGGCUGGAAUCUGGGUCAAGAACUUUGCCAAUCCAAUUAUGAGGAGGAAUCAUAUUCAUCAUGGUAGAGAUGUGGGAAUCUUCACCUUUGAUAAUGGAAUGGGCUACUUUGAGGCUAAUGACAUUCAUGACAACCGAAUUGCUGGCUUUGAGGUGAAGGCAGGUGCCAAUCCUACAGUUGUACAUUGUGAGAUUCAUCAUGGGCAGACAGGUGGUAUCUAUGUUCAUGAAAAUGGCUUGGGUCAAUUCAUCGACAACAAGAUUCAUUCUAAUAAUUUUGCUGGAGUAUGGAUCACAUCAAACAGCAAUCCCACCAUUCGACGCAACGAGAUAUACAAUGGCCAUCAAGGCGGAGUGUAUAUAUUUGGAGAGGGACGGGGACUUAUCGAACAUAAUAAUAUUUAUGGAAAUGCAUUGGCAGGAAUCCAGAUUAGAACAAAUAGUGAUCCUAUUGUGCGCCAUAACAAGAUCCACCAUGGUCAGCAUGGUGGUAUUUAUGUACAUGAGAAGGGUCAAGGUCUGAUAGAGGAGAACGAAGUAUAUGCUAACACACUGGCUGGUGUGUGGAUUACUACUGGUAGCACACCUGUGCUGCGGCGGAAUCGGAUCCAUUCAGGGAAACAGGUUGGCGUAUAUUUCUAUGACAAUGGCCAUGGCAGAUUGGAAGAUAAUGACAUCUUUAACCAUCUGUACUCUGGUGUGCAAAUAAGAACGGGCAGUAACCCAGUAAUCAGAGGUAAUAAAAUUUGGGGUGGUCAGAAUGGUGGUGUCUUGGUUUAUAAUGGUGGCUUGGGGGUGUUGGAGCAGAAUGAGAUCUUUGACAAUGCAAUGGCAGGAGUUUGGAUCAAAACAGAUUCUAAUCCGACACUUAAACGAAACAAAAUCUUUGAUGGCCGGGAUGGUGGUAUAUGUAUCUUCAAUGGUGGUAAAGGUGUUUUGGAAGAGAAUGACAUCUUCCGUAAUGCACAGGCUGGAGUCCUUAUAUCUACUCAGAGUCACCCUAUUCUCAGGCGGAACCGAAUAUUUGAUGGACUAGCAGCAGGAGUAGAAAUUACAAAUAAUGCCACUGCAACAUUAGAAGAAAACCAGAUAUUUAAUAAUCGUUUUGGAGGACUUUGUCUUGCGAGUGGUGUUCGGCCUAUUGAUACUGAUAACAAGAUUUUUAGUAAUCAAGAUGCAGUAGAGAAGGCAGUUGCCAAUGGUCAGUGUUUAUACAAGAUCUCCAGCUACACUUCAUUUCCAAUGCACGACUUUUAUCGAUGUCAGACAUGCAACACAACAGAUCGCAAUGCCAUUUGUGUCAAUUGCAUUAAAACGUGCCAUGCUGGACAUGAAGUUGAUUUCAUCAGGCAUGACAGGUUCUUUUGUGACUGUGGUGCUGGCACAUUGACAAACCAGUGUCAGCUUCAGGGCGAGCCAACGCAAGACACAGAUACUCUAUAUGACUCAGCAGCUCCAAUGGAAUCACAUACCCUCAUGGUCAAUUAAGUUAUACUGACAGGCAGCAAGGUGAAUCUGUGUACUGCCUACAUUAGUGCAUGUACCAGUGGUAUUCUGCGACAGGGAAGAACAUUGUUCCUAGACCACUUGUGCACAGAUGUGAGGAGGCCUAAUUGUCUCGAAUUACAUUAACCUCCCACAAAGUAUGGCCUAUACAUGCAAUGUGCUUAAAUCUUGGUGAUCAAAGAGACGAGAUCCUAAUUAAUUGAAUCUCCUUAUUUCUUUUUUUAUUAUUUCUUUUGGAUUGAAACAUGUACACAUUAAUGGUCUAGAAUGUGUUGCGAAAAAUUCUUAACAAGCGAUUUUUUUUGUCUGUAUGUGUUGUCUGAGUAAUUGAAUGAAUGUGCUAUGUGUGUGUAUUGGUAUGCAUGCCUAUGUAUGAUGAUACUGUAAAUAUAUAUAAAUAUAUGUGUGUUUACUAUAACCAGUAGAAAAAUUGCAAAGUUAAAAUAUUCAGUUUAUCCUGUGCUGCGAAUGUUGGAGAUGGAUAAGUGAAACCAGCAGGUGUUCAACAUGUAUAUUGUUCCAGCGAUGCCAGAGAAAACAUGAUCUGGAGUUCUUGCCAAAUCAAAAUGGUAUGCAGCUAUAGUAUUCCAUGCCAUGUUUCUUGGGGUUGUUUUUACGUUUCUAUUCCAUUCGCCUUUUUUAUAUAUAUAUAUAUCCUGUAGUAGAAUGUCUAUUAAUACGAUUACUGCCCUCGUGCUUUAUAUAUAAUACCAUAUGAAAUCAAAUUUAAAUGUGGAAGUUCAAAUCCUUUGUGUGUGGGUCAUUAAAAAUGAUCGAACAUUGAGCCAAACUGUAACAUUUGCAUUAUGCAUAUCCUUGAAUCAGAUUUUAUGUGUGACUGAGUAAUAUUGUCAAGCUUAUAAAGCUGGAGUUACCCAGCUUUUUAAAGAUCUGAUUUGCCACAAAAGACUGUUGCUUUAUUUGAUGUUCCCCUCGCUAUGUAAAUAGACUUUAAUGUGUUUGUGCUGUUUUUGAGCAGAAAUUUCUAAGUGUAAACUUCAUGCUAUGUCGUAUAUUUUCAUUGUAUUUUUGAAGCAUAUUAAUGUUAGUGUAUCUACGAAUUUUUAGUUAAAGAAAGUACACUAACAUUUUCGAAAUGAAGUAUAUAUAUAUAUAUAUGAAUAUAUGUUUUGAGUUGUCUUUUGUACAAAAUCGAGAAGAAAACUUACUGACUGUAAUCAUGAGUCUGGGAAGUGUACCAAUCACACAGAGUUGUUAAGUUUGUGCUCUGUGUUGUAAUUAUUACCAUCACAAAUCCUGGAAAAUGAAAUGAAACGGUUUUGAAGUAACAGAACUAAAGCAUAGUCCGUCUAGUUUCCAAGUGCUGUAGAGAUGGAUGAGAAGCAGAUGUAAAUCUUAUACUGACAUUAAAACUACCUUCUCCAAGUGCCAUACGAAUGUUUCUAAAACAUGGUUCAGUAUUGAGUGUAAUGAAUGCAUUGCUUUUCCACAACAAAACCAGUGCUUCUUGGACAAACAGCUGUGUGGGAUGGAAGACAUGCAGAACCAUAAGGAGAGGACGAGGCAUUGUUCAACAGAGCAGACUUGUUAUGCUAGUGAAUUAUGCUCUGGGUUCUCUUCCAUAUGUCAGUUGUUUGUUGUGUUUGACAUAUUUUGAUUUCUAGUUAGUUGUAUGUAACAUUCUUCCAUUUUACUUCCUUCUCCCCAAACAAUCACUUUAAAAUCUGCCAAGUACUGUAAAUGAUACUGCGCUUCUUUACAACAUUAUUCAGCUGUGGUAGUGGUAGGCAUUGUCUUUGACAGAAGCAUCAGAUUUGUGAGUUUAAUUCAUGUACCACAAACUUGUAGUUAUGCACUUGUGCUGUAAACAUAUUAGAAAUAUACACAAGUAUAAAAUACCAUA